CCAUGCAUGCAGAUUGACUGCACAGAGCACGAAGGAAGGCCAGAUGGCCACGCUCCAAGGCGACGCUUACGACACCCGGCCGACACCAUAUACACUGGCUGGAACUUCGUGCAGGGUACUAUGCACUUAUUUCCUGCGAAACACGCAUCAAACCUCGGUCUCGCCGAAGGCCGCACUCGGGCAAACAUACCGCGUUUGAGCAACGCGGUGAGCUCGCGCUGAAACUGCACUGGCUCAAUAACCCUGCACUGCCGGGGGCUGCAGACAGCACCUUCCUUGCCAACAGCGAGUGCUCCAGCUGAGCUACCGCUACUGACCAAAUGUCCUCUCCAACUGUCCUAGUUGUA